ACCCUAAAGAGCUCUUCGGAGAUUUCAAAGCUGCGGUAAAUUCAUUUCCCCCUCUGGAAUGAAAGAUGGAAAUCCUCAGUUGCUGACUGCUGAAGUUAGAUUCUAGGUCUGUGCAGUCAUGCAAUUGCAAUCUCAUGCUGUGAGUAGGAGGAAUCUCAAUCAUGUAGGGUUUCUCGCGGGCUGCUGCUGUCUCAGACUCCCGUCGUCGCGCCUCUCUUUCGGUAGCGCCUCCGGUUAUGCCGAGCACAAGUUGUUUGAAUCACGGGUUCCUAGCCAUGGAUUUCGCGCGGCGCGCGGAGUUCUUCGAAUUUGCGCCAUGGAUGAUGAUUUUGGUGUUUCAUUUGGUGAUUGGAGUAGUAAUGAUAGGCCCUUUGAAUAUAUGUAUUCAUCAAGCGAAGGUGAAGACAGCGACGGGGAUUUAUUUCUGCAGCCGAUUACGGAUGUUGAUCUUCCUACCUCAAAAGAGCGGUUGCUGCCGUCUGAUGACACCGUAACUGUGACUGCGCAUAGGCUUUCAACGCUCGGCAGCACGAGAAGGAGAAGAAAGACUGUUUAUGGAAUUUGGAACAAUGUUGGACUUAUGUCGUUCUCAACAUUCCUUCUUUUACUUGUGGAUCAGUGUGCGUGGCGGAUUGUUAGAUUGCCUCUCGCACCGUUCUACUUGAUGCGGCCUUUCCUGAUAUCUGUAAUUUUAGUAUCUUGUGCUGGCUAUAUUUGUGUCCCGUUGUUUCGUAUGUUUAAUAUGCGGUCAAGAGUAAGGAAAGGGGCACCUAUCCAACACUCUUCAAAGAAAGGAACCCCCACAAUGGGCGGCUUGUAUUUUGUACCGAUUGGCCUACUUGUUGCUGAAGUUGUACUCAAAUUUUCAUCCGUUGAAGUUUCUGCAGCAGCAGUAGCAACUAUGACAUUUGCUGCAAUUGGUCUAUUAGAUGAUUUUUUGAGCAUCAGCAAUAAAAAUGAUGGCCUAUCUGCUUGGGUUAGGAUUUUGUUGGAGGCAGCUACCGGAAUGUGGUUCUCCUAUUGGCUGUGGACAACGGACAUAUCAACACCCUACAACAUGAAAACUGUGGUUCCUCUACCCGGACCUUUGGGCCUUGUUCGCCUUGGGAAAUUUUAUCCAGUCUUGAGUUCAUUUUGUUUUGUUUCCAUGGCCAAUGGUGUUAAUUUGACUGAUGGACUUGAUGGUCUGGCUGCGGGAACUGCUGCAUUAGCAUUCAUCGGAAUGUCAAUUGUUGUUCUUCCUAUAUGCUCCGAUCUUUCAGUGUUUGGAGCAUCGAUGGCUGGAGCAUGCGUUGGUUUUCUUUUCCAAAACCAGCACAAGGCAUCUAUAUUCAUGGGCGACACAGGAGCUUUAGCUUUGGGUGGGGCUCUUGCUGCAAUGGCUUCUUGCACUGGAAUGUUCUUCCCAUUGUUCAUUUCAUCAGGGAUAUAUGUUGUAGAAGCACUUUCAGUUAUCAUACAGAGGCUUAUCUUUCAGGUAUCCUUCUUCAAGGCGACCAAGCAUUUCAUGCGAAGGGGAUACCGAAUUUUUCGAAUGGCACCUUUCCACCACCACCUCGAGUUAUGUGGAGUUAGAGAACCUGUAGUUGUGGCCGGCGCAUAUUUUGUUACUUGUUUGUUGAUCCUAUGUGCAGCGUUCAUCGGCCUUGCUUCUGCUUGACCAGCAAGUCUGGAUGCGUUGGUGCCGACUAGUUACGGAUUAGCUACUGUUCUCCACUAAUUCUUCGCAAGGUUCAUUUUGUUACUAAUGUUUUCUUCAGCAGAAGUCAGAUGAAGUGAGGAACUCAUGUUCAUGUACAGCAAAACCAACCAAUUUUGAUAUCUAGCACUGAUUUUCUUCUACA